UGGGGGUGCCCGCGCUCCGCUGGAUCCGCCGCCGUUUGGGCGGGCACCGCUAGCCUCAUGGCCGCCAUCAAAGCGCUGCAGCAGUGGUGCCGGCAGCAAUGCGAAGGGUACCGGGACGUGAGCAUCACCAACAUGACCACUUCGUUCCGCGACGGCCUGGCCUUCUGCGCCAUCCUGCACCGCCACCGGCCCGACCUUAUAGACUACAAUGCUCUCAAGAAGGAGAACAUUUAUGAGAACAACAAUCUGGCCUUCCGUGUGGCUGAGGACCAGUUGGGUAUCCCUGCCCUGCUGGACGCCGAGGACAUGGUCGCCCUGAAGGUGCCCGACCGGCUGAGUAUCCUCACCUAUGUGUCUCAGUACUACAACUACUUCCAUGGACGUUCCCCCAUCGGUGGCCUGCAUGGUGUGAAGAGGCCCUCCACCUGCUCUGACGAGGAACCUUCUGGGAAGAAGACCCUGUCCCAGCCAUGCCGACCCUCUCCCCCUCCAGCCCGGGCGCAGCCGCUAUCUCCAGUCAGAACAAAUCCCAUCGUGCAACAGAAGAAGGGGGCUGCAGAAGGUUCUCCCCUAAAGGCUGGCCUGGCCUCAGUGGGCAGCUCGGUCAGCAGCACCUGUGGAAUCUGCGGAGAGCACGUGCACCUGGUGCAGCGGCACCUGGCGGAUGGGCGGGUCUACCACCGCAGCUGCUUCAGGUGUAAGGAGUGUUCUAACACACUGUACUCGGGGGGCUACAGGCCCACAGGAGAGCCAGGUGUCUUCAUCUGCAACAACCACCACCCUAAAGUCACCUCUGCAAGUCCCAAGUUGCUAGGCUCAGCCCCCCGACGGCCUGAAGCCAUCUCUACGGACUCCAAGGCCCCCAGCACCCCAUGGAAGGUGAAUGGGCAGAGAGAUGCAGAGCUGAAGUCCAGGCUUCCAGCCCGGGAGCCAUCUGUGGGCAACUCGACUGCCAAAGGUUUCCUUUCAGCUGCAACUGACCCACCAGCCACCACCUCCUCAUGCAACCAUGUGGGGCGCCCGCCUGAGCUCAGGCUCUCCUCGGGCACUGUGGGCAGCAAAGCCAGCAUGCGUGUGACUAAUAGCUCCCCAACAGGGUGGUCAUCGCCAGCACAGGACACAGCAGCAAUGAGCCCCCGUCCUGCCACGACCCCAAGUGCUCUGGAUUCUCACCCAGCCACGCCACAAGGCCGGGCAGCCUCCCAGACCAAGUUCAGUUCAAGUUUAGUGUCUCCAAGCCCAGCGGAUGCCUCGACUUGGACUCCAUCAGCCUUUAGGACGCAGGAGGCCCGGGAGAAGUUCUUCCAGACGUCCGGAGUGCCUCCUAGCCCUGGUGCAGCCGGCAGGGCCCCAGUGCCAGCAGAUGCUCCUCCCAGGGACAGCAGCAGGGAACAGGCACUGAACUUCCUUAGGAAGACCCUUCCAGAUUCCUCGGAGGCUGGCAGGCCCCUCCCAGCUACCUCCCCUGCUCCAAAUUCCCAUUCCAGAACUGAAAGGCCACGAGCAAGUCCGACAGUCAAGGUGUCACAGUCGCUGUCUCCCCAGCCCCUUAGCCCCACUGCGAAGACUGAGCCGUUGGCCCCCCUGAGUGCCGGCACCACCUCGCGGGUACCCAUACUACCCGAGACAGGCAGGAAGAGCUCGACUGUGCUCUCAGAAGUCGGCAGGGCGGGUACAGGAUCCAGGCUGAAGCCAGAGGUCUCAUUGGCAAAGGGUCCCAGUGCCAGUCCUCAGGAAGACCAGGUGGAUGGGCCAGCAGGAUGGAGGGCCCGCCUGAAGCCCGUGGAUAAGAAGCACUCCACUGAGAGGGCACUGGAGCUAAAGGAAACCUCGCCGAGGGCCAGUGAUGUACCCAAGAAGGUCUCGGGGAGCUCCCAGGGGGGCAUCCAUGUCACCCUGACACCACAGCAGUCUGACAGUGCACCAGGCCCCACUGGCCCGAGGGCUGGCCUCUCAGUCUCAUCCUCAUCUCCGUCCCAAUCCCUGUCCCACCGCAAGAAGCUUAAUAUCCCUGCCAAUUUGGAUAUUUCUGGUGACUGGCUUCAGCCCAAGCCCUCAGGGACCUGGAACAGCAAGGAGGAGAAGAAGCCCCAUGCUCAGGGUGACCCAGGGAGGGCUACAUGGUUGCAGGGCCCAGCUGAUGUCCGCAGCCCACGUGGCAAAGCAGUGACCUCCCCGGUCAGGUUGCACCCUGACUACAUGCCUGAGGAGGAGAUCCAGAAGCAAGUGCAGAAUAUUGGGGUGCAGCUAGACGCCCUAGAACUCCGGGGUGUGGAACUGGAGAAGCGCCUGCGGGCAGCAGAGGGAGAUGAGUCUGAAGACGCCCUCAUGGUGGACUGGUUCCGACUCAUCCAUGAGAAGCAGCUGCUGCUGAGGCAGGAGUCGGAGCUGAUGUACAAAGUCAGGAACCAGCACCUGGAGGAGCAGCAGCUGGACAUUGAGGAGGAGCUGCGCCAGCUGAUGGCCCAGCCUGAGGCCCUGAAGUCCCCUCAGGACCUGCAGCGGGAGAAGGAUCUGCUGGCCCAGUAUGUGAACACUGUGAACGACCGCAGCAAUAUCAUCGACUCCCUGGAUGAAGAUCGACUGAGGGAGCAAGAGGAGGAUGAGAUGCUACAGAAUAUGAUCCAGAACCUGGACCUCCAGAGAAGCGGCGGGGACCAGAAGAAGAAGAGCAAGAGCUUCAAGUCCCGCUUCCCCUUUGUCCGAAAGAACAGUAAAAAGACCAUUAAAAAGACCCCUGAGUGAGCUACCUGCCGGGCUGCAGAACCCUCGCUUGCGGCCAGAUAGGUGCUGUGGGAGAGGAAACAGGCAGUGGGGACCUGCAGCUCCUCUCUGUGGGGCUAAGCCGCCUCAAUAAAGAAGGUGGCCAUGUAGCCCGGCGCUGUCUCUCAUUUAUGGGACUGGAGGUCUGGGCUGAGCUCUAGCACUGCACCAACAGGCUGUGCCUUGGCGGGUACCAGCCCCUCUGGGCCUGUCCUGGGCUUCUGAGGUAGGGAUUUUAGCCUCUUUCUGGCCUGGUCUCAGGAAUGGGCGGAUCUAUGGGAACUGCUUGUAGGUGCUGGUCACGUCUGGGGUCUCCACAACUUGACAUCUGUGACCUUGGCCCUCCAAGCUCUAGGAAGGACAGAUUUGAGCAUCGGCCCUGGCCUGAGUUCCUGAUGUCCUGCAAGGGAGUGGUGCUCACCACCCUCCGCAAUUUCGAUGAGAGGGACGCAGUCGGACAGGGAAGGACUAAGGGGAGGCCCUCAGACUCAAGUCCUCACCCAGCUCAAGGUGACCCGAGAGCUUCUGCCUUUGGCCCUUGGUCUCCCCAUCCAUCAAGGGGCGGGGUUGUGACUGUGCCUGUGCUGUCUCUGGUCUCUGUGGGAGCCUGCCAUGGUGUUCCUGGUGGGCCCUUGGCAAUGGCAAAACACCAGCACUCACCCAUCUGGUGGCAAGUGGAUUCACCAGGGACAGAGCUGGGAGCACCUGCAUGAGUGUUCGGUCCCACAGAGCUCACACUGCAUCCUGCUGCCUUCACGGGGCACUGUAGGGUCUCAGAUGGGGAUUCUUGGGACAUGAGGUGGGAGCAUGACAUGCAUGGGAGGGUAGUUGCCUGGUGUAGCAAUGAAUUCCAUUCAGAACUCUGCUGUUCAGCUGUGUGGCCAUGGGCUAGAAUGCUGCCCUCUCUGAGCCUUUGGUGUGCUGUGGGGGACACUAAUAGCAAUGGUGGUGGAGACACUCAGAGCUCUGAGGGCAUUAUGCUUGUCCUCCAGCUACAGCAGGGUACCUCCUGGAGAGAAUGGAGGGUGGGUGAUUGGGAGAAGGGGCUGCCCCAAGUGGUCAGCAGGGCUGGAGACACUUGACCAGGUGGAGCAGCUUGGGCUCGUUGUGUGGGUGCUGGGCAUUGUGAGCAGUUCUGAGCAUGGGGUGGGUGAGAUGUGUGUUAGGAAAAUAGUCAUGUAGGGUGGCCUGCCUGACCCUCUGGCUGAGACCCUUGUCCCUGCAUGUCCUCGCAGGCGUGUCCCACCGGGA